UUUUGAAUUAUUUUAUUUUGUUAUUGGUGUAUUUUCGGUUGACAUGUCAUGAGAAUCAAUCGUAUCGAAGAUAGAAUGGAUGACAACAGUUCGCUCGGUCACCAGAACGGUGGCGGAAGUGCAGUUGGCCAGCUGGGUGGUAUCGGAGGCGGUGCAGGCGUUGGCCAGGGCGGCGGUGCAGGCGGGCUCGGUGACAUGUCCAACAGUGGGGCGGGCAGCGGUUUGGGAGGCAAGGGUGGUGCGGCCGGUGGUGGCAUGGCCGGUGCCGGGAACUGUGACGAUCAGAACAACAAAACGCCGACCCAGUACUCGAUUCCCGGCAUACUACACUUCAUACAGCACGAGUGGGCACGGUUCGAGCUGGAACGUUCGCAAUGGGACGUGGAUCGGGCAGAGCUGCAGGCAAAAAUUGCUGUGCUGGUAGGCGAACGCAAGGGCCAGGAAUCCCUCAAGUCCGAUCUAAUUCGGCGCAUUAAGAUGUUAGAGUACGCCCUGAAACAGGAACGCGCUAAAUUUCAUCGAUUAAAGUACGGUGUCGAUCCACCGAUGAACGAUAUCAAACCGCCAACCGAUGAGCCGGGUAUUGGAACGGAAGUAGCUCCAGAUCCGGAGGUACCUUACAGUUCCGUGUCGAACAUUACUUGGCGGCAGGGCCGACAGCUGUUGCGUCAGUAUUUGCAGGAGAUUGGCUACACCGAUACAAUACUAGAUAUACGCUCGAACCGGGUGCGCUCGCUGCUUGGGCUGAACAAUAACAGCGAGCAGGAGGAAAACGUCAACCCGAACGUGAACGGUGGGACGGAAUCGAACAAGCGUGCCAGCGAGUCACAAGGGCGCCGAACGCCGGCUAAAAAACCAUCCUCUGUAACUGAAGCGAUGAUACUGGACUCGGAGGCGGCGGUCAUCGCGAACUUUGAGUUCCUGGCCCGGGAGGAUGUGGAGAUGUCGGACGACGAUGAUGUUUCGGACGAGAUUGACGUCGUCGGUGACAGCGAGGAUACGGACAUGAAAACGACCAAACGGAAAGCCAAAGGAAGCACUUUGAAUGACGAUAUGGAUGCAGAAGCGGAUGAAGUAAUCAAUGAGUUGAAUCCAUUAACAGAAGGAUACAAUAAAACGGGCAUGCCACGCCAUCCGACGAUACCGGGCAUAGGAAACGAUGAGGAGGUAGAUUCGUCGCUCGGCGAGCUGGCACAGCUGACGGUAAACAAUGAGACGGAGUCGGCGUACGACGUGUCCAACUCGAAGGAGCCAUACCGCAAAACGUGGAACGCCAAGUACACGCUACGUUCGCACUUUGACGGUGUGCGGGCGCUCGCUUUCCACCCGCAGGAACCGGUCCUGAUAACUGCCUCCGAGGACCACACGCUGAAGCUGUGGAAUCUACAGAAAACUGUGCCAGCGAAAAAGUCUGCUAGUCUCGACGUGGAACCCCUGUACACGUUCCGCUCGCAUAACGGUCCGGUGCUGUGUCUGGCCAUGUCAGCGACCGGCGAGCAGUGCUAUUCGGGCGGGCUGGAUGGUGCGAUCAAUUGCUGGAAUCUGCCGAGCUCCAACAUCGACCCGUACGACAGUUACGAUCCGGAGGUGAUGCGUUGCACAAUCGAUGGCCACACGGAUGCCGUCUGGGGAUUGUCGGUGAAUCAUGCGAAAAACACGCUCGUAUCGUGCUCGGCCGAUGGUACGGUAAAGCUGUGGUCACCUUCGGGCAAGAUCCCGACGAACAGUACCACCUUCACGUCGGAAACCGAGGGCAUACCGACGUCGGUCGACUUUGUGAAGGAUCAGAUCGAUCGUAUCGUGGUGGCGUACAGUAGCACACACUGCAUCAUCUACGAUACGGAGACGGGCAAGCAGGUGGUGAAGCUGGAAGCGAGCCAGGAGAUGACGGGUAAUCUUGGCAAACACAUCAACAAGGUGAUCAGCCAUCCGACGUUGCCAGUCACCAUUACGGCACACGAAGAUCGUCACAUCCGGUUCUGGGACAAUGGUACCGGUUCGCUGGUGCACUCGAUGGUGGCCCAUCUGGACGCGGUCACCAGUUUGGCAAUCGAUGCGCACGGACUUUACCUGCUAUCCGGUUCGCACGACUGCUCGAUCCGGCUGUGGCACAUGGACAACAAAACGUGCGUACAGGAGAUUACGGCACAUCGGAAAAAGUUCGACGAAAGCAUACUGGACGUCGCCUUUCAUCCCUCGAAACCGUUCAUUGCCAGUGCUGGCGCUGACGCCAUAGCGAAGGUGUUCGUUUAAAA